AUGUCUUCAGAUGACGAGGGCGGUCUUGAUCUCUUCCGCGAGCCUGAUGGCUACUUUGAGCCGGAGAAGCCGCCGACUUUUGCGUCGCAUCGGCUCGUUUCGGGCGAGGAGUUGAGGGUCCGUCUGGUUGGACAUAAUCCGCUUUGGGGCCACCAUGUCUGGAACGCCGGACGAACCAUCUCGACGCUCUUCGAGAAGCACGCCGCGACGCUAGUGCGCGGGAAGACAGUGCUAGAGCUGGGCGCGGGAGCCGGCCUGCCCAGCCUAGUAUGCGCCAUCAGCGGCGCCGCCAAAGUCGUCGUCACCGACUACCCCGACGCAGACCUGAUCGAGAACCUGCGGUGGAACAUCACGAAUGUGGCGGCGAUACCGAAGGACGGAUGCAUCGUGGCCGAGGGCUACCUCUGGGGGGCACCGCCCGCGCCGCUCCUCGCGCACCUCCCUAACCCCGCUGCUGGCUUCGAGGUCCUCAUCCUUGCGGACCUUCUUUUCAACCAUAGCGAGCACGCCAAGCUCGUCCAGAGCAUCCAGCAGACUUUAGCGCGGACGGCCGCCGCGCGCGCCUUCGUCUUCUUCUCGCCGUACCGGCCGUGGCUGCUGCAGAAGGACUUGGCGUUCUUCGAGCUCGCAAAAGGCGCCGGCUUCUCGGUGCGUAAGCUCGGCGAGGAGGUCAUGGAGAAGGUCAUGUUUGAGGAGGAUCCUGGUGACGAACUCCUCCGCCGCACCGUCUUCAACUACGAGCUCCGCUGGGCCGACCUCGACGACGGGCGCGACGCCUGA